AUAAAAUAAUAAUAAUCAAUACCUUAGGCAAUCCGCUUUUGACUCAUAAAUAGAGGGCCAAUUUGGAAUCAAGUUAAGGAUGCAGCACUAACCGUUCAUAGAUUUUCAACUAAUAGAGUUAUCAAGCUAAAGAUGGGAGAUCCGAUAAUGAUUCUCUCAACCAUUUUCGGCCUCUGCCUGCUCUUACUUCUCAUCAGGUUGUUGCACACAUUUUGGUGGACACCAGUUUACAUACAGUAUCGACUAGGUUCACAGGGAAUUAAAGGCCCUUCUUACAAAUUCAUCCAUGGAAACACCAAAGAAAUGCUGGAAAUGAGAAACGCAGCCGUAAGCAAACCCUUGGGUUUAUUAGAUGAUAUAUUUCCCAGGGUGCUCCCUCACGUUUAUACAUGGUUGAGCAAAUACGGGAAGAAUUACCUUAGUUGGAAAGGUGCUCAACCAGAACUAAUGAUUACAGAACCAGAGCUAAUCAAAGAGGUGCUGAUUAACAGAGAUAGAGCUUACCUAAAACCGUCGCCGCCGUUCGAUUCCAUGAAGCUGAUGGGCAAUGGACUGGUGACAUCUAACGGUGAACGCUGGGUACAACACCGCAAUUUAAUAAACAAUGCUUUUCAAGGGGAAAGCCUUAAAAAAAUGAUUCCUGAAAUGGUUGUUAGUGUUGAAGUGAUGUUACAAUCUUGGAAAAACCACCUAGAAAAAGAGAUUGAGGUGUUUGAAGAAUUUAGGUUAUUGUCUGCGGACAUUAUAUCAAGGACAGCUUUUGGGAGCAAUUACUUAGAAGGGAAAAACAUUUUCGAUAUGAAGGUGAAGUAUUCCAACAUUACACGAAUGAAUAUUUUUAAAUCAAGGUUUCCAAGCAUCAGUAAAAUUUGGAAAACUUCAGAUGAGAUUGAAGCAGACAAGCUUCUAAGUAUAAUACAUAAGUCUGUGAUGGACAUCAUCAAGAAAAGAGAAGAAAAAGUGAAACUUGGAGAAAUAGACAACUAUGGUACUGAUUUUCUUGGAUUACUUUUACAAGCAUAUCAUGAUGUUGAUGAAAAUAGGAGAAUCCUAGUAGAAGAUCUGAUUGACGAGUGCAAGACAUUUUACAUUGUUGGACAAGAACCUAUCAAUUCCUUACUUUCAUGGACCGUCUUGUUGUUAGCAAUCCACACAGAUUGGCAAGAAAAAGCAAGAGAAGAAGUGAUUGAAUUGUUCGGUCGCCAAAACCCGCUUCCAGAUGACUUAUCUAAACUAAACAUUGUAACCAUGAUAAUCAAUGAGGCCUUAAGACUGUAUCCUCCUGCAGUUGGCUUUCCUAGGAAAUGCGACAGUGAAGUUAGAUUGGGGAAAUUCAUUUUGCCUGCUAACAUUCACUUAUUCAUUUCAAAUUUGGUAGCUCAUCACGACCCUAGAAUUUGGGGUGACGAUGCUCAUUUGUUUAAUCCGGAGAGAUUUUCAGGAGGAGUGGCUAAAGCUACAAGCAACAAUGUGGCGGCAUAUUUUCCCUUCGGAUUUGGACCUCGAACCUGCGUGGGUUUCAACUCUGCAACCAUGGGAGCAAAGAUUGUUCUGAUAAUGAUAUUGCAACGUUACAGAUUCACCCUCUCCCCAGCUUAUGUUCAUUCCCCGGUUGUUCAUUUUAUACUUUACCCACAACAUGGAAUUCAAGUUAUCCUUCAUUCUUUGAAGAGUGAGGAAUUUCCAAGUUAGAAAA